CAGCUUUCCGCUCAGUUUGGAGUAACUCCGUCCCCUGUAUGACUGCAUAAGUGCGCUCACGACCAGGGCUCAGCGGCACAAGGAGUCUGCAUGUCCGCGUAGACAUGCUCAGCUUUGUGGAUACCCGGAUUCUGUUGCUGCUCGCAGUGACCUCAUAUCUCGCGACAUGUCAGUACCCGGGCCCGAAGGGACCUCGAGGUGACCGGGGUCCUCGUGGCCCUGAUGGAAAAGACGGAAAGCCUGGCCUGCCCGGACCCCCUGGCCCCCCUGGACCCCCUGGACUCGGAGGCGGAAACUUUGCUGCUCAGUACGAUGGUGCGAAGGCCCCUGACCCCGGCCCCGGACCCAUGGGCAUGAUGGGCUCCCGAGGCCCCCCUGGACCCCCCGGACCCCCUGGACCUCAAGGACACACCGGACACCCCGGAGAGCCUGGAGAGCCCGGUCAAGCUGGACCCGUUGGCCCCCGAGGACCCCCUGGACCCCCUGGCAAAUCUGGUGAAGACGGAAACAAUGGCAGACCUGGAAAACCUGGAGACAGAGGAACCCCCGGUGCUCAGGGCGCUCGUGGAUUCCCUGGAACCCCUGGACUCCCCGGAAUGAAAGGACACAGAGGCUACAAUGGUCUGGAUGGACGUAAAGGAGAACCUGGUGCUGCUGGAGCUAAGGGAGAGACCGGAUCUGCGGGAGCCCCUGGAAGUCCCGGUCUGGCUGGCUCCCGAGGUCUGCCUGGAGAGAGAGGCCGCGCUGGACCCGCCGGACCCGCCGGUGCCCGUGGAGCCGACGGAAACGUUGGACCCGCCGGACCUGCUGGCCCCGUCGGUGCUGCUGGACCCCCUGGUUUCCCCGGCGGUCCCGGUCCUAAGGGAGAGAUCGGAGGAGCCGGACCCACCGGCCCAUCUGGAGCUCAGGGAGCAAGAGGAGAGCCCGGUGCCAACGGCGCCGUGGGCCCCGUCGGACCCCCUGGAAACCCCGGAGCCAACGGCCUGAACGGAGCCAAAGGAGCCGCCGGACCCGCUGGUGUCGCUGGAGCUCCUGGUUUCCCUGGACCAAGAGGAGGACCCGGACCCCAGGGAGCUCAGGGCCCCGCCGGCCCCAGGGGACUGCCUGGAGACCCUGGAAUCCAAGGAGUGAAGGGAGACACCGGUCCCAAAGGAGAGCCUGGAAACUCUGGACCUCAGGGACCCCCCGGAUCUCAGGGAGAGGAGGGAAAGAGAGGACCCACCGGUGAGCUGGGAGCCACAGGCCCCGCCGGUCUCCGUGGAGCCAGAGGCGCCCCCGGUGGUCGCGGUCUGCCUGGUGCUGAUGGAAGAGCUGGACCCAUCGGAAUGCCCGGAGCUCGUGGAUCCACCGGAUCUGCCGGCCCCCGUGGACCCCCUGGAGACGCAGGCCGCGCCGGAGAGCCCGGUCAAGCAGGUUUGAGGGGACUCCCCGGAAGCCCCGGCAGCUCCGGACCCCCCGGAAAGGAGGGGCCCACUGGUCCCGCUGGACAAGACGGCCGCAGCGGUCCUCCUGGACCCACCGGACCCCGAGGUCAGCCCGGAAACAUCGGCUUCCCCGGACCCAAGGGCCCCUCUGGUGAGCCCGGCAAGCCUGGAGACAAGGGAUCCACCGGCCCCACCGGCCUGAGAGGCCCCCCUGGACCUGAUGGAAACAACGGAGCCUCUGGCCCCAUGGGCCCCGCUGGUGGACCAGGUGAGAAGGGAGAGGCUGGACCUGCUGGAGCUCCAGGUUUCCAGGGUCUGCCUGGACCCGCGGGACCUGCUGGAGAGGCCGGCAAACCCGGAGACAGAGGUAUCCCAGGAGACCAGGGCGCCUCAGGACCUGCUGGAGCGAGGGGAGAGCGAGGAGUCCCCGGAGCUGCCGGUUCCACCGGACCUCAGGGCCCCAUCGGACCCCGUGGACCCGCUGGAGCCCCCGGAUCUGACGGCGCUAAGGGAGAACCCGGCCCCACCGGAGCCGUCGGAGCCGCCGGACACCAGGGCCCCAGUGGAAUGCCAGGAGAGCGAGGAGCAGCCGGAGCACCCGGAGGCAAAGGAGAGAAGGGAGAGUCUGGACACAGAGGACCUGAUGGAAACCCCGGCAGAGACGGAGCUCGUGGUGCUCCUGGACCCGCCGGACCUGCUGGACCCGUCGGACCCAACGGUGAUAAGGGAGAAGCUGGAUCUUUUGGACCUGCCGGACCUGCCGGACCCCGGGGACCCUCUGGCGAGCGAGGAGAGGUGGGACCCGCCGGAGCGCCUGGUUUCGCUGGACCCCCUGGCGCCGACGGCCAGCCCGGAAUCCGCGGAGAGAAGGGACCCGCUGGAGGAAAGGGUGAGAGCGGACCCUCUGGACCUGCCGGACCCGCCGGACAAUCUGGACCCCCUGGCGCCGCCGGAGCCCCUGGACCCGCUGGAGUUCGUGGAGAGACCGGUCCUCCUGGUUUGACUGGAUUCCCUGGCGCCGCUGGCAGAGUUGGCGCUCCCGGCCCCGCUGGAAUCGUUGGACCUCCUGGCCCCGCUGGACCCUCUGGAAAGGAUGGACCUCGUGGAGCUCGUGGUGACGUGGGCCCCUCAGGUCCCUCUGGAGAGCCCGGUAUGCUCGGACCUCAAGGCCCAUCUGGAGAGAAGGGACCCUCCGGAGAGCCCGGCCCUGCUGGAGCUCCUGGUACCCCUGGACCCUCUGGACAACUGGGACCGCAGGGAUUUGUGGGUCUGCCCGGUGCCCGUGGAGACCGUGGAUCCCCUGGUGCUGCUGGAGGAUUGGGCGAGCCUGGCAGAGUGGGCCCCGCUGGACCCCCUGGAGCCCGUGGACCCCCUGGAAACAUCGGCCUUCCUGGUAUGACUGGACCUCAGGGAGAGGCUGGACGUGAGGGCAACCCUGGCAACGAUGGACCCCCUGGACGCCCCGGUGCCGCUGGAUUCAAGGGAGAUCGUGGUGAGCCCGGUGCCCCUGGACCCUCAGGUCUGGCCGGAGCCCCUGGACCCGCUGGACCCACUGGAGCUGCUGGUCGUCCUGGAAACCGUGGAGAGUCUGGACCCGCCGGACCUGCCGGACCUGCCGGGCCUGCCGGAGCCAGAGGUGCCGCUGGACCUGCUGGAGUGAGAGGAGAGAAGGGUGUGGCUGGAGACAAGGGUGAGAGAGGCAUGAAGGGACUGCGUGGACAUCCUGGACUUCAGGGCAUGCCUGGACCUUCUGGACCCGCUGGAGACAGUGGACCUGCUGGACCUGCCGGACAAUCUGGACCCAGAGGCCCCGCUGGACCCCACGGACCCACUGGUAAAGAUGGAAGACCUGGCCAGGCCGGUAAUGUGGGUUCUCCCGGUGCCCGUGGACCUCCCGGAUACGUUGGACCUUCUGGACCCCCCGGAGCCCCCGGUCUGCCCGGACCCCCAGGCCCCGCUGGCGGCGGAUACGACGUCUCCGGAUACGAUGAGUACAGAGCCGACCAGCCCGCCCUGAGAGCCAAGGACUACGAAGUGGACGCCACCAUCAAGUCCCUGAACACCCAGAUCGACAACCUGCUGACCCCCGAAGGCUCCAGGAAGAACCCCGCCCGCACCUGCCGCGACAUCCGCCUCAGCCACCCCGACUGGAGCAGCGGCUUCUACUGGAUCGACCCGAACCAGGGCUGCAUCAACGACGCCAUCAAGGUCUUCUGCAACUUCGACACCCGCGAGACCUGCAUCCACGCCCACCCCGAGCGCUACGCCCGCCAGAACUGGCACCGCAGCUCCCAGACGCAGAAGCAUGUGUGGUUUGGAGAGACCAUCAACGGAGGAACCGAGUUCACCUACAACGACGAGACCCUGAGCCCCCAGAGCAUGGCCACGCAGCUGGCGUUCAUGAGGCUCCUGUCCAACCAGGCGAGCCAGAACAUCACGUACCACUGCCGCAACAGCGUGGCCUAUCUGCACGCAGACAGCGGCUCCCUGAGGAAGGCGCUGGUGCUGCAGGGAUCCAACGACGUGGAGCUGCGCGCCGAAGGCAACAGCCGCUUCACCUACUCUGUGCUGGAGGACGGGUGCACUAGUCACACAGAUGAAUGGAGCAAGACAGUGAUCGAGUACAGAACGAACAAACCCUCUCGCCUACCCAUCCUCGACGUUGCACCUUUGGACAUUGGUGGCGCUGACCAGGAGUUUGGUCUGGACAUUGGCCCAGUCUGUUUCAAAUAAAUAGACUCAUGAUAAAUUAACAACACCAAAAGAGAGAAAGAACCACAUCGCCCCCUUCUGUCUGUUGUUUUGUACCAAUGCUGACCCCUCCACCCGCCUAAGAGGCCCCCCCGUCGGAGGACCUACAGGACUGAGCGCAGCGUCUGUGCAAUGCAAACUAAUACAGCCCACCCGAGCGACGCAGGGAAACAGCUUGUUCUGGGACGCCAUGUCAUCCUUUUGUACAAAAAUAAAAGUGUAAUAAAAAGAAAGCAUUA